UAUAUGUACAUACAAACGUAAUAGCAACAAUAAUUUUAAUUAACUAUGCUAUAUAACAUAACCAAAGUUUUUGUUGAUGUGGUAUUGCCGGUAAUUUACAAAACAAAAACAACAAAAUUACAUCAGAUACCUAUACGUCAUUUUCAUACAGAUGAAAUAAAAAGACGCCUAAAAGCUGAUCAGAAAUUAAAAGAGAAAGCUGAGAAAGAAGCAAAAGCAUUAACUCAAGUAACAACAAAAGAUCAGACAGAAGCUGAGGAAAAAAAGGAAAACAAAGAAGAGGAUAUCAGUCCAAAUGAGUACAAUAAACUUAGGACUCAAGCAGUCAAGCAUCUCAAAGAUACAAAUGAUAAUCCAUAUCCACAUAAGUUUCACGUAUCAAUUUCAUUGGAAAACUUUAUUGAAAAAUUCAGUAAUAAUUUGAAACCUGGAGAAAUAUUAAACAAUGAAGUACAUAGUGUAGCUGGCCGUGUACAUGCAAUUAGAGGAUCAGGUGCUAAAUUAAUUUUUUAUGACCUCAGAGGUGAAGGUGUUAAGAUUCAAGUUAUGGCAAAUGCAAGACAAUAUAAAGAUCAAGAAAAAUUUGCCGGCGAUACAUCUAAGAUAAAAAGAGGCGAUAUUAUUGGUGUACUUGGAAAUCCUGGAAAAACUAAAAAGGGUGAAUUUUCUAUUAUACCACAUAGUAUUACUCUUUUGAGUCCUUGCCUACAUAUGCUGCCAAAUCUCUACUUUGGAUUAAAAGAUAAGGAAACAAGAUUUCGUCAGCGUUAUUUAGAUCUUAUAUUAAAUAAUAAAGUAAGAAAAACGUUUGAAAUACGAGCGAAAAUAGUCGCAUAUGUUCGCCAAUUUCUCGAUGAACUUGGAUUUUUAGAAGUUGAAACGCCAAUGAUGAAUGUGAUUCCUGGUGGUGCAACAGCUAAACCUUUCGUUACACAUCAUAAUGAAUUAAAUAUGAACUUAUACAUGCGCGUUGCUCCAGAAUUAUAUCAUAAAAUGUUGGUAAUAGGUGGAUUGGAUAGAGUAUAUGAAAUUGGAAGACAGUUCAGGAAUGAAGGAAUAGAUCUGACACAUAAUCCAGAAUUUACUACUUGUGAAUUUUACAUGGCCUAUGCAGAUUAUAAUGAUUUGAUAUCUAUUACAGAAGAUAUGGUCUCAGGAAUGGUAAAAACUAUUUAUGGUAGUUAUAAAAUAACAUAUCACCCAGAUGGUCCAGAGGGUGAAGCAGUAGAAAUUGACUUUACUCCACCAUUUAAACGAAUUUCAAUGAUAAAAACUUUAGAAGAAAUUUUAAAAAUUAAAUUAACUCCAUCAGAUUUAAGUACCCCAGAAACAAAUCAAGUACUUAGUGAUCUGUGUACCAAAUAUGAGAUUGAAUGUCCGCCACCAAAAACAACAGCUAGAUUACUAGAUAAGCUGGUUGGAGAAUUUAUAGAAGAAAAUUGUAUCAAUCCUACAUUCAUUUUGGAUCAUCCACAAAUUAUGUCUCCACUAGCAAAAUGGCAUCGCUCUGAACCGGGAUUAACAGAGCGAUUUGAAUUAUUUAUUAUGAAAAAAGAAGUUUGCAAUGCAUAUACAGAACUGAAUGAUCCUGUAAUACAAAGAGAAAGAUUUGAGGAACAAGCAAAGGAUAAAGCAGCUGGAGACGAAGAAGCUCAGGUCGUUGAUGAAAAUUACUGUACCGCAUUGGAAUAUGGUUUACCACCAACUGCUGGUUGGGGAAUGGGUAUUGAUCGUGUUACAAUGUUACUUACAGAUUCAAAUAAUAUCAAAGAAGUACUGCUAUUUCCGCAAAUGAAACCAGAUAAUCCAAAUAAAAACCAAGGAAUAUCUGACGAUGAUAAAACAUUAAAUGAUAAUGUAAAUCAUGUGGAAAAAUGAAAAUUUACUACUGUUACUUUCUAUUCUUUCGCAGUACUGAAGAAUAAACAAAUUAUGCUUUCAAAAACAAA